AUGCCUUCUGACGCGGAGAAGAAAUUUGGAGAGUUCUCGGAAGUAGAAGGAAAGCUACAGGCUCCGACCAAAAAAUCCGUCUUUGAACGUCAGAAAGCGGACGCCGAAGCAAAGCGACUGCGCGAAGAGGCUGAGACCAAGGCCGUCUACGAAGACUUUGUCAAGUCAUUCGACGAUGAGGACGACGAUAUUAGGGGAGCUUUUGGUCGAGUAGACGGCGGCGGAAGACUUGGACGUGGAGGAUUUGGAGCAGUUUCUGGACCGCCAAAGAGGCAUUACGGACAAGGAGGUCUAGGAGCAGGAGCGCCGAGUGGGCCAGUUGCAGGCAGAGGAUUUGGAUCAGGUGGAUUGGGAGGCAGAGGUGCUGGGAGUGGACCUGGGAGCGGACCUGGGAGCUUAGGACCUCCACCGUCGAGUGUGAAUAAGAAGAGACCAUUUGACGGAGGGUUAUCGCAGUCAUCGAACAGGAGGGACAGGGAUGAUCGAGGAGUACUCGCGUUCGAGGACUAUGAUCAGGAUAAAGAAAGGGGACCUGCGAAGGCCUUCCACAAUUCAGAUGAUGAAGACGAACGGACGGGCAGUCACAGUCGGGAAGAAGAGAGGGCUGUUCCCAAACCCACCCUGAGACUUGCUUCUCUACCUCCUGGAACUUCCCCUGCGGUCAUCAAGGCUUUAAUGCCUGCGACCUUGACGAUUGAUGCGGUGCGAAUAUUACCAGCCACUGGACCAGGAACUCAAUCCGAGCGAAAGACCAUGUCAGCCAUUGUAACCUUAGCUAAAGACACAGCUGCGAAUGACAUCGAAGCUGCGGUCAACUUGUUGCAAAACAAAUACCUAGGCUUUGGUCAUUAUUUAUCACUACACCGCCAUCUUUCUUCUGCGGUUGCGAACAUAGCGUCUCUUCCAUCCCUGGGGGCUAACACGACAUCUCAACCCUUUGGCGCCAAACAGGUGGUAAUUGCGCCGGCAGGUCGCGGUCAUGCACCACCACCUACACAUCAAAGAGGAUUUGCACCGCCAAGUUCUUAUGGCCCUUCAGGUCCAGCUCUCAAUCGUAACGGUCCUCUACUUCACGUACCAGUUCAGCCGCCACAAGAUAUUAAAGAACUAAAACUCAUACACAAAGUCAUUGAAUGUCUCCUCAGCCAUGGUCCAGAGUUCGAGGCUCUUCUAAUGAGCAGGCCAGACGUUCAGCGGGAAGAGAAAUGGGCGUGGAUCUGGGAUUCAAGAAGUACAGGUGGAGUAUGGUACCGCUGGCGGCUAUGGGAGGUGCUUACGGGCUCGAUUACCAAGAGGGGGCAAGGUAGAUAUCUUCCUCUGUUCGAAGAUUCAUCUGCGUGGAAAGCACCUGACCAGCCACUGGCCUACGAGUAUACUACCAAGCUAGACGAGUUUGUUUCGGAUUCAGAAUAUAAUUCAUCGGACGACGAUGAGUCUGGAGAUGAAGGUGCUAAAAGGCAACAUCAUAGCGGAGGAGCGCCUCCAGAUCCAAGUCUAUUGACAGACGACGGGAAAGCAUAUCUCAAUCCACUCGAGAAGGCCAAGCUCACACACCUUCUGAGUCGGCUUCCCACAAGUACUGGGCAGCUCCGUAAAGGGGACGUGGCACGUAUCACUGCUUUUGCUAUAUCGCAUGCUGGCAAAGGCUCCGACGAAAUUGUUUCGAUGAUCGUCUCUAAUAUCGAGAAGCCAUUUUCCUGCACAUCUGCUAAUCCGGAGUACAAGAAAGAGAAGGAAACCGGGGGCGAUGAUCAACCUGCUGCUGAAGACGAAGAGAAAUCAGACACUAGCUCCGCGAGUCUCAUAGGCGUUUAUCUUAUUUCUGAUAUUCUGUCCUCGUCGUCCACAAGUGGUGUCAGACAUGCUUGGCGCUACAGACAACUUUUCGAAUCAGCACUCCGCCAACGAAAGGUUUUUGAAGGCCUAGGUAGGAUGGAGAAGAAAAUGAAUUGGGGACGUUUGCGUGCUGAGAAAUGGAAACGAAGUGUUGCGAACAUUCUAAGCCUAUGGGAAGGUUGGUGUGUGUUUCCCCAAGGGAGUCAGGAACAUUUCGUCACUGUCUUCAACAAUCCACCUCUUGAUGCCAAGGAUGAAGCCGAAACUAAAAGAAAGGAAGAAGAGGAAAUGGCAGCGAAGAGUAGGAACCGAUGGAAGGCGGUUGAAGUUGCUGCUACGGAUACUCCUCCGGCGGAUUCUGAGGAAGAUGUUGAUGGAGAGCCAAUGGAGGAAGAUGAUGUUGAUGGGGAGCCGAUGGCUGAUUCGGAUGAAGAUGUGGAUGGUGUACCUAUGGAAGAAGAUAUUGAUGGAGAACCGACGGAAGAUGAUGUGGAUGGGGAACCGAUGGUUGAAGACCAGCCAGCGGCACCGCCCGAGACCAAGGAGACAGAACCGCCGAAAGCAGAGGUGGAGGGGCAGCGGAGGAGACGGCCGAGAGCUGUAGAUAUGUUUGCUGAUUCGGAUGAUUCCAAUUAA